UAGGAGGCGGCCGGCGGCUGCGGCGGGCAGUCCAUGUCGCUGCUCUCCGGUCCCCGCGGAGCAGCGCCGGGCUCAGCGCGGCUGAGGCGGAGCAGCCGCCCCUCGCCGGGCACCCCCUCGGCGCGGCGUGGGGCCUCCCAUGGCGCCGGCGGCGCACACCUGGCUGCGGGGCAGGUGCCGGGCUCCUCCGGCGAUGCUCCAACCCCCGCAGCUCGGACUCCUCCCGCCCCGCCUCCGCUCCCCCUGCCCGGCGCGCCGGGGGAAGCCCCGCCCGCCGGGAAAGGGAACGCCUGCGCGGAGGGGGGCGGCGGGCGGCCGCCGCCGGGCGCCAUUUUGAAUCGCCUCAGCGGCCGCGGCCGGUGCGCAGCGGUGCCCGCUUGGCUGGGCAGUGGAGGCGCCCCGGGAGCGGGGCUGUGGCUGGGGCUCUGGUUCCGAGGAACCCCCGGAACGGAGGGAAACGCGGCUGUGGCUGAGGGCGCCCGUUCUGGGGAGCCCCGGGCUCGGCGGGAGCCACUUUUUGGCCGCCAGGUGCUGCAGCCCGUCCCGCGUUCCUGCCGGGGCGGCGGGAGGCCCUGGCUGUCCCCGCGUUGCUGCCUGCGAUUAGGUGCACGCUUUGGCCGUUGGCACGGCGGAGCUGUCACACCCUGCUCUACCCCCACGGUGAUUUCCGAGCAGUCACCGCCUGACAGGAGCAGAGCUGUCGUGUUUCCUUAUCAUCUGCGAAACUCGGCACUGCUCUUGUCUUCUGCAAAGGUCAUGUGUCUUGCACCUAGAGUCGGUGAUCGUGUCUCUAGAACGGUGGCAAGAUAAAGCUGUCCCCCCUCUGAACCCAGGAUUUAAGCACUCUCGUCACCUCACACCUCUCAUGUCUACACUGAAGCUGAUGUGUGAGGGCAGCAGAGGCUGAAAUAUCUGGACUUGUGUUGGUGUAACUGGUUCGUUAUGAAGCAGUGUAAACCCGUGAUUAUUCAAGCUUUGAUACGGGCAAGUUACACUUGAAUGAAUCGUGAGAGGCUGAGGUAAACCUGUACAGAAGUACUUGCCACCAUGACCCUGUUGACACCAAUUCCAUACUACAAAGAUAAGAAUUAGAUUGUUAUGAAACUGCUCUGAAAAUCUACCAUCAAGCGAAAAUUAUACCUCUGCAGAUAGUUUGUUUCUGUGAUGGGGUGAGUCCUUAGUUGGCUGUAUUUCUUUUAAGAUUGGUACUAAUUUUUCCAUGUCUUCUUUUGAAAAUGACUACUAUCUCUGUAAGAGAGCGUCCAUAUUAAAUGUAAAUAAAUAAAGGUAAAUAAAAGCAAACCAAUUUUGAGGCACUAUAAACUUGUUUAUAUGCAAAAGAUUUUUUGCGCAUAUACUGUUACUAAUUUCUUUUUCCAUAAUAAUUUUUUUCUUCUGUUUUUGAGAGUAUGAAUCAAUUCUUCUGUCGGAGCAACCAGAAGAGAGUAUUGUCAUCAUGAUGUGUCAUUGUGGCUAGGUCAGUUGUUUGGUUCCCAGGGUAAAUAAAAGAAUGGAAACAGUCAGGAACUCUCUAAUUCUGCAGAGUACCUGCACAGGAAAUAAUGAUACUCCCAGCUUAAUAUAUUUUCGGCUGAACAAACAAUUAGAAAAACCUGCUGAAAAAAAUCUUUCAGCGGUAGCUGAGCAUGUGGCAAGUCACAGGAAUUGCAGCCUAGUCAAUAUGAAAACCACCCCUCUAUUGCACAUGAAUGGCUGUGUACCUCAGGAAAGGGGAAGCAGCAUUUCUGGUUGUCAUGAGCUAGCACCAAAAAGUGGUUUGCAGUAGCAGUUAGCAUCAGUCUGUUCAUGCCCCCUCCGUCCCACAUGAGAAAUUUCUGUCUGCAAAUGUUGUGCAUUAUUACUUCUCUGUUUGGGGAGAAGCUGAAGGGCUCCCAUUGUGACUAAAUGCUACUAAAUGUCACACCACUAGCUGUGAUGAAAUGCAGCAUGUGCUAAUUACUAAAAGGAAACAGAACAGGUACUGCCAGGUACAGGAAGUCUAAAAGCAUAACUCAGCAUAAAGGGGACCUUUAGCACCUUUCUUUUGCAGCAGCUGUGCAAAAUUUAAGGUGCACACAGAAAUCAAGUCUUCCUGUUUAAACACGUGGGUUGUAAGUAGAUUCUCGGAAGUGUGAUAAGAAGUUAAUUGUGGGACAUAAAAUCAGCAUGGUUAUUAUCAGUCUUUUGCCACUGAUUCAGGGUCAAGUAAACCUGCAGCACAAUUUUAUAAAAAUUACUGGAAUAAAAUAAUUCUUUCUUUCUUUAAGAGUGUCUUGCAUGCAGCUGUUGUGUAGAAACAAAAUGUUACAUAGAGCAGUCUCAAACUGGCAAUUGAUGUUCACCUAGUGGGCAAAAAAACUUCUACAUGUCUAAUAACAGACUGGUGCUAGAGAAUUUAAUUUUUUAAAAAACAUUCUGUUCAAAAGCUCUGUCAUA